AUGGCUGCAGGCUAUGUGGACUGGCUUGAGAAGGUAGGAAGAGAUGGUGGAGAGCUAUCCUGGAUCAUAAGAAGAAAGAAGUUCCAUGAGAAGAAACAUCAGAAGGCUCGGGGAGAUCUUCUGGAUAUUGUUUUAAACUCGGACAAUGUUAAGGCAAGCUAAACCUCGAAAAAAAUGAUUUGUUGUCCAGGGAGCCAUUGACAUCGUCGCUAGAGAAAGCGAAAGAUCUCACGACGAGGUAUUCGCCGAAGCGAAGGAAAUCUUGGAUAACAUGGCUCACGAUUUUAGCCUCCACUCCACAAGAGUCGUUGGGUACCCUGUUUUGAAAGUAAUCAAGGUAAAAAGACAAAAUUCACUAUGACCCAACAUGUUUCAGCGAUUGUUUGACAAGAUAUAUGUCAACAUGGAUGCUCUUACAACCCUCAGAGAAACGUGUCGCAACGACUCCGUUGUAUUCGUCCCUACGCAUCGAACAUACACAGAUUUUUUACUAAUUUCGCUAAUUUGUUUUGAAGCUAAUAUUACCCUACCAGCGAUUUGUGCCGGAUCAGAUUUUCAAUCGUCUCGAAUAGUUGGAGAAGCCCUCAGGAAAUGCGGAGCCUUCUUUAUCCGGAGGCAAUUUGGAAACGUAAAUAUUCCUCUUAACCUUCUCUUUGAUUGGUAAUUUAGGAUGGUCUUUACUGGGCGAUCUUUUCCGAAUAUGUCCAAGCUCAUAUAAUCGGAAACGAACGACCAGUCGAGUUCUUCCCUGAGGGCCAAAGAAGCAGAGUUUCGAAAUCGUUGGACCCCAAACUUGGUCUUCUAAAAGUAGUGACAGAGCCUUUUGUUCGCAACCAAGUAUAUGACACAAUCUUGGUACCAGUUACAAUGAACUACGACCGUUUUCUGGAAUCAGUUCUUUAUGGUCGAGAACUUUUGGGAUCACCGAAGCCAAAAGAAGACAUGUCAGGUAUCCAAUUACCCUGAUAGGAUCCUUUAAUGAUGACUUUAGGCGUUCUCAAAGUCAGAAGUAUUUUGAACCAGAACUUUGGCAACAUUUUUGUCACGUUUGGGACACCAAUAUCACUCCGCAACACAAUGGCUGUUAAUCGUGCAGAAAUGUCCUUCAUGGUAUGAUAUUAUUCAUCAUUGAUGGGGGGUUGAAUCUCUAAUUUUAAUAGUCCUAUAACAAACUAAACCGCUUCAGCCAUCCAAACACUUCGUUUACACACUGGCAAUGAAGAAAGCCGUUUACAAUCUUGCUCAUAAUAUUGUAAAGGAACAUAACAAGAACAAUAUUCUGACUGUUUGGAAACUAAUGGCACCGAUUAUCCGAUCUGAAAUAGAUAGAAAUGGGCAUGCCAAUCUGGGAACAGUCUUCAUACAGGUGAAUCAACUGAUCGAAUUAUGUGCAAAGUUCGGAAUCAGAGUAAAUCAGCAAGGAUCAGUCGAAGACGACGUCAAGUGAGUAAUCGAACAAGUAAAGUACCCCAAGAUCAGACUGCGAAAAAUUUGCAAUGUCCCAUUUUUGCCAACUUUCGAUCUAAAGAUCUCGGUUGUUUCUGCAAAACGCGAGCUAGUAGUCUCGCAUAUCUCAAAAAAAAAUUAACUUAAUUUUUUGCCAAUUUCCAUCAAAAAAUGAGCGUCGCACUUGUGUACUUCCCCCUGUAAGCUUGUUUCACAAGGAAAGUACUUUUACGGGGGCUCCUACUUUUUGACAGGACAUAUCUCAAAAAAUCAGAAAAAAUGUGCUGAUCAAGAAUAUAUAAAUCUUAGCUGCCCAUUUUAGGUUUUUAGGGGUGAAAACUCGAUCGGAAGUUGACUUAAAGUCCUAUAUGAACCCCUUUUCGCUUAAUUUUUCACAGGUUUACAAUUUUUAUUUUGGCUUUAAAUGAUGUUUAUUGAGUUUCUAAGACGUAAUAAAUCAGUCUUGGCCCAAAAUUUUAUUUUUUCGACCUUCAACUUCAAAAAAAGUUGAUUCAGCCCAAAAGAAAUCGAACCCGUGCGGCGUCCCCUCUCUUGAUUCCCAGACUACGGCACUAACCACUCGGCCACACCGCUCUCUUCCGAAGGAAGAGACCGACUGCGCUUUUUAUCGUAUCGAAUGCCUGCGCCUUUUGUAGGGAAAUUAAGCCAGUCUUUGGGCAUUUUCACCCCUAAAAACCUAAAAUGGGCAGCUAAGAUUUAUAUAUCCUUGAUCAGCGCAUUUUUUCUGAUUUUUUGAGAUAUGUCCCGUCAAAAAGUAGGAGCCCCCAUAAAAGUACUUUCCUUGUCAAAACUGUUUCUAGUUACUACCUGGCAUUGUAUUCUGAUAUUAUCGAAAAUGAAAACGGAAAGAUCUGUCUGAAACCACUGUCGGCCGAGAAAUCGAAAGAACUGUCCAUCUCCGUUCUGCAGAAGGCAAUCCCAGCUCUAAUUCUUUCGAAUGCCACGAACCUAGUCACCUUCUCGUUGUUCAAUGCAGCUCUUACUCUCCUUAUUUGCAACUCCAACAAUAAAAUUAAGACGGAAGAACUCUUCUACCGAUUCAAGUAAGUGCAACAUAGGGGAGAUACCUACGAAGAAAAAUUCCUUUUUCCGUUUGAAUUUUUUUUUACAUUACCAUAAAGUAUGAACUCUAAACUACAGAAAACUUCGAUACAUCUUUCACAAAGAGUUCGUUUCAACCCCAGACACAGACACACAGGACUUUGAAACAACCUUUGACAAAUUGAUUCAUCUCAAAAUCCUUGCUGUGGAUGGCGAUUACAUCCGAAUCAUCAACUAUGAUACAGCACAAUUACUCAUGGGAACAUUGCAGGUAAAGUUACAUAAAAUAAUAAUAAUUAUCACCAAUACAAUUUUAGCCAUACAUCCAUGCAUACAAAAACAUCAUGGAACGAAUCACAAAGAACGCAAACAUUACACUUGAAGAAUGCCGGAAACAGCUCGCACCUUUCUCACAGCGAUGUUCUGAAUAUUUACAAUUGUCCGGAGCAGUUAUUCACAACGUUCUCUCAUUGAAAAACAAGGUAAAUCAACCUCGAAAAUCAUUAUGAACGACAAUUUCAGAAUUCCGCGGAGAUUUCGAACUUCAAAUCCGAAGUAGAAACACUGCUGUCCCCAGUUCCAGACCAACUUCGGUCAAGGCUGUAG